CCAAGUUCACAACACAUGGCGACACACAAUGACGCAGCAAAUAUGAUUUUUUUCUCCUCAUUUUCAAGUAGAUUUACAAAGGAUCAUGGCUGGUUGCUUAUCCCAGCCGUUGCCUAUAUAAGCUCGUCCCAUUCAGUUAAUAACUCACCGGCUGAAUUGUUGAAAGUCAAGCGAUCACAUUACUUGUAGACGGGUUUGAGAUCAACGAACAAUAAUCACCAUGGCUGCUGUGUCGGGCAAACGGAUUGUGUAUGCCAAGGCCUUCGACGGAAAUGUGAAGGAUUCGGAUUUCCGUCUCGAAAAGAUUCAGGUUCCUGCACCCAAGGACGGAGAGGUUCAACUCGAAGCCAUGUAUUUGACUGUCGAUCCGUACAUGAGGUUGAUGACCCCUGGUAUUGGAGAGACCAUGAUUGGAGAACAAGUUGCAAAGGUGAUUGCUAGUAAGGAUAAAAAACUGCCAGUGGGUACUCUAGUUCAGGCUCAAACUGGAUGGACAACGCAUUCCAUUGCAAAAGGAAGUGACGUCACACCGGUACCCAAAUUCAUCUCCUCCGAUUGGCCAAAGUCUCUCGCCCUUGGUCUGCUCGGUAUGCCUGGAAUUACGGCGUACCUCGCUUUCCUGGACUGCUGUCGCCCUAAAUCCGGAGAAACAGUGGUUGUCAGUGGAGCUGCCGGUGCGGUGGGCGCUGUGGUGGGACAAAUAGCCAAAAUAAAGGGAUGUAAGGUGAUUGGUUUCGCCGGGUCUGACAAGAAAGUCCAAUACCUGAAGGAGAUUGGAUAUGAUGUAGCAAUUAACUAUAAGACUAUGGGAGACAUGGACAAGGCUCUGAAAGAAGCUGCACCCAAAGGCAUCGAUUGUUACUUCGAUAACAUCGGAGGCGAAUUUUCCAGUACUGUCAUGUACAAUAUGAAUGCUUACGGUCGUGUGUGUGUUUGUGGAUCCAUCAGUGCCUACAAUGCUAAGGAAUCCCCAAAAGCGAGAGUUCUUCAGCCUGCUAUUAUCUUUCAACGACUGUCACUCCAAGGAUUCUUUAUCUUUGAUCAUAAGGAUGAAUAUAUGGUAGCUGUAAAACAACUAAUGGCGUGGCUAAAUGAGAAAAAGUUGAUAUACAAGGAGCAUGUUACUAAUGGCUUCGAGAACACGCCAAAAGCCUUCCAACAGCUAUUCACUGGCGAAAACUUCGGCAAGGCAAUCAUCAAGAUUUAGCCAUCUCACUGGAAAGAAACACCGCACACCCCUAUCGCCCUAUCAUAAUUUGUUUCAAAUAGUCCUGCUUAAUGAAUAUACAGUUUACUUUUAUUUGAAUUGGCUUGCCUUGACAUACAUUCUUAAACACAGAAGGAGGAAAAGGUGGAAAAGGCCAAGGAAUGACAACGU